AUGGCUUCGCGUAUCAACCUGCUCACGCGUUUCUUGAAGAAGGCAAUCACCCAGAAUCGCACUCCAGGAACCACCUCAUUGACUGUCACGUCCGGAACUGUUCAAAAGCUCAAGAGGGCCGCAGAAGAGAACGAGGACCUACUCGCUGAGAAUAAGAAGCUGCUUGUUGACAACGAGAACCUUCGCGUCAGAAACUACGAACUCAAGAGAGAAGUAGAAGGGGCUUACAGACAGCUCUGGAGUCAGGAGAUUGAGGGCGGUUGGCACAAACGACCUUGA